GCUGCGAGAGAGGGAGGGAGGAGGGAGGAGGAGGAGGAGGGAGCAGGGGGCUGAGCUGAUCCCACGUGUGACGCUUUCAUUCCCGGCUCAGUAAUAUUCUCAUAGCGGGGCUUUGCAUAUCUCCAGCCCGUAUCUGUGUGUGUCCGUCACUGUUACUGUAGUCCCAGCCGAUAGUUUUUUGGAAUAGACAUGGAAGGAGACGGGAGUCAAGCCACAUCCGGAAGCCUAAGCGACUCCCAGCAUGACCCGGGUAAAAUGUUUAUCGGUGGCCUCAGCUGGCAGACCUCACCAGACAGCCUUAGAGACUAUUUUAGUAAAUUCGGAGAAAUAAGAGAAUGUAUGGUGAUGAGAGACCCCACGACGAAACGCUCAAGAGGAUUUGGGUUUGUUACGUUUACAGACGCCGCCAGUGUAGAUAAAGUCUUAGCUCAACAACACCAUGAAUUAGACUCAAAGACGAUUGAUCCUAAGGUUGCCUUUCCCCGUCGCGCCCAGCCUAAGAUGGUCACAAGAACAAAGAAAAUAUUUGUGGGUGGCUUGUCAGCCAAUACAGUAGUGGAAGAUGUGAAGCAGUAUUUUGAACAGUUUGGGAAGGUUGAUGACGCCAUGCUUAUGUUCGAUAAGACUACUAACAGACAUAGAGGAUUUGGUUUCAUAACUUUUGAGAGUGAAGACAUCGUAGAGAAAGUCUGUGAAAUUCAUUUUCAUGAAAUCAAUAACAAAAUGGUAGAAUGUAAGAAGGCCCAGCCCAAGGAGGUGAUGUUCCCACCAGGUACACGAGGGCGAGCCAGGGGUCUGCCCUACACCAUGGAUGCCUUCAUGCUGGGGAUGGGCAUGCUGAGUUACCCUAACAUUGUGGCGACGUACGGCCGUGGAUACACUGGAUUCGCACCCAGCUACAGCUACCAGUUCCCUGGCUUCCCAGCGACAGCAUACGGACCGGUGGCGGCGGCGGCGGUAGCAGCAGCGCGUGGCUCAGGUAGGGGGGCCCGUGGAAGAGGCGGCUACUUGGCGUACCCACAGAGCACAGGGCCAGGCCUCCCCGAUUAUGGGUUUUACUCUACGCCCAGUGACCAGAGGGGGGGGCCCUGCUCCUUUGCUGACUAUGGCUCCCUGGGGCCCCAAGCGGCUCAGAUGCUGCACAGUGAGCAUGCCACCUCCGCCUGCAACUCCCCCCUCCAGCACCUACACAGCCCGGAUCAGUUUAAGAACCCAGGCGCCAACCCGUCAAGGCCCGGAGGUUUUCCUGGUGCUAACAGCCCAGGGCCUGUGGCCGACCUGUACGGACCUAGCAGCCAGGACUCCGCUGUGGGCAACUACAUCAGUGCUGCUAGCCCUCAGCCUGGCUCUGGGUUUGGCCCCAGCAUCACAGGCCCGUUGAUUGCAACAGCUUUUACAAAUGGAUACCAUUGAACAGGUGGCCGGUUGCCAUCUCAUCAGAGCAGAGUAUAUCUGGUGGCCCAGGAAAGACAGGACGAAGUUUCUAAUUGGCUUUGUGUGCAGGUGACGCUAAUCCAACUUCAAGCACUACGCUGUCACCCAGGAAAGAAAGUGGGAAACCAUACGAAGAAGAAAAGAAAAACGUUAGUCAUCUCAGAAAAAUAACAACUGCUGUACUAUAAUCCAAACCUCCUAUAACUUUACAACCUGGUUUGGUGUGAUGUUUCACGUCAAUCUCAUUCACCUGUUUCCUUCCUCUGUUCUAGCUUUUUGUUUUUUGAUUAGUUUUUAGAGAGUCAUUUUAGUUCGACCUUGAUUUGUGUCAUUUUAUUUGAUCUCCUGGUAUAUUUGUGUAAAUGGAUUUUGUUUGAAGUGCGGGCGGUGGGUGGGCGGGGGGGUCAUAGCCAAGAAUAUCUGCAAGUCAUGUCUUCAUCUUUGUAUGGGUCAGUGUAAAAGGAAAAACGAUGGGAUGUUCCUUUCAGUCUUCCCGCAAAAAAAGAAGCUUGGGGAAAGACGUGGAGAAAAAAAAAUUUAAAUUUUAAGGAAACUUUAAAGAAGGUAUCUAAGUAAUAAAUCUUAGUAGCUGUUUUAUUUCUUGUGAUGUCUCAUUGUUAACCAUAAUUACCUAUUUUUGGGCAAUACAAAGAGGACUCCAAUAUUUUUAUGGUCCUUUUUUAUAAGUGUUGUUUUUGUUGUUUAGAAAUAUAUAUAUAUGCUAUAACAAAUUUCAUAUAACUACAUUGUGAAUUCAAACUUGAGAAAAAGAAAUGUAGCUGUACAUAUUAUUCCAGUCACUGCAUAUAACCAACUCAGUGAGAGAAUAGCAUAUUUUUGUGAUGGUGUGUCAAAAAGAACAUGUUAUAGCGUGUGAAUAGAAGACAAAGCUGUAAACAGUUACAUUAUACGUUUUGUUUUGUUUUGUUCCUGCUGGAAAGACGGCGGCGUCACGACCCCACGAGACAAACAGACACACACCUGCUCUGUAAAUACUGAAGCUGAAUAAUUUUACAAAGUGUCAUACCAGCAAAUUUACACACAGCGAGUUGAGAGUUAACACGGUUUUAAGAAAUAAAUAAGAAAAAAAAAAGACAAGAGCCUGAUCUUUUUGUCAAACUGUUAGGAUAUCAGUAUCAUUUCAAAGAGAGAGAGAGAAGAAGAAGAAGAAAAAGACAAUUAAAUCCAAAGCACACUGUACUUAGAUGUGAUGAUUAGAACUUGAACCAAGCAUUUUCCAGUGCUCUGUGCAUCCCGACACUUUUAUACUCUUGAGAGGAACUUGUUAGUCGUUCGUUACUGUUUGUUUCAUCCUGCUCGUUCCUGAUUCACACGUUUUAUUUAAUUUUUUUGGAACACAAUAACUCGGGCUCUGUGCGAGAGCCCCGAUGUGAUUGCUGAAUCGGUUCCUUUUUUUGAAAGAUUUAGGAAAGUAAACAUUUUGAUACCAUACCUCAGCCUUCGUGAGUUCGAUCGUGGAAUCAUUGGCAGGUUUAAUUUAUUCUGUAUAUGUGGCGAGACAGAUGAAAACACUGAACGGUAAUAAAGUGAGUAAUCAUUGCACUGUGAGUAGUGAAGUACAGGCCAUUUUCCUAUUUGCACAUGUAUAUGUUGGCUUUCUAAACGAAAAAACGGCCCUGUGCUUUGGGAUAGUAUGAAGGAUUUUUGGGUUAACGUAUUCUCGACUCGACAAACGCUUCAAGUUAAGUUUUGAGGUGAGUUAACAGCUUGGGAAAUAGUAACUGAUAUGUUGCAGUGUACAUUUCUUUCUUCAUAUAUUAGACCCAUGCAUCAUCUAAAGAUAUUUAUACAGGGUCGAUAGAUGACACUGAAUUAUUCGCUCUCUGCCGCUGCACCAGCUUUUACACAGAACGCGUGGCUAAUAAUUUCUGCUGAUUUUGUAGUAGUAAGCUCCGGUCCGGUUUUUAGCGUCAUUGAACGGAACGAAUGGUGUGUACUCUGAAAAAAUAACUUUACCUGCUGCAGAUGUGUUUGUUGUUUUCAUUUCUACCCACUUGUCUCAUUUCUUUUUGAUUUUAAAACAACCAGGUAAA